AUGGGGAUCACAAGUCUUGGUAUUCUAUCAUUCCAAGAUCAGAGCCACGGUGGCGUGCAAUCCCAUCCAGAGGCUGUUACUGUUGCCAGAAAGUCUGAAAUUGAUGCCACUGUAAAGAAGUGCUGCGAUGCCCUCCUCCUGACCAAACCUUCGAUCGACCGAGAGAAACUCAAGAGCUUUAAAGGAAGCCCCGUCGAGGGAACCGGGAAGUGGAUUGAGUCUCAUGAAAUCUACCGCUCAUGGAGAGAGCAUGAUAAUACGGCAUUCUGUAUAAUUGGUGCCCCUGGCACGGGGAAGACGAUGCUCUCCAUUUAUUUGACCGAGCUUUUGGAGCAGAAAACAAAACAAAGCCCAAAUGAAGAUGUGAUCUAUUUCUUCUGUCUUUAUGGAGACAUUGAACGCAACAAUGUAUGCGCCAUCCUCCGGGGUCUGCUUUAUCAAAUCCUCACAAAGCGCCCUGAACUGGGCCCAUACGUUUGGCCUAAUUUCGACGGUGAUGCAAUAAAAAAACUGACUCUGGACACCCCGGAGGGUCUCUGGCUUAUUUUCCAAACUCUCAUGAAGGGUCACUCUCUUGGCAAGCUUUUUUGCGUGAUUGAUGGACUUGAUGAGUGUGGUGACAAUGCGAGCGCAUUUCUGCUACCCAAAUUCAAGGAUUUGUUCAAGUCAACAAUGUUAACAAAUUUGAAACUGGCAAUCAUCAGUCGACCUUUACCUAUGUUAAGCCUGAUUCCCGCCAUCAAUCUGAAUCUCAAUCAAGGCGAACAGGUGAACCAGGAUGUUCGAACCUUUAUACAUUCCAAAAUGGAUGAUCUGUGUUGCACCCAUGGCUUCAAUCUUGAAGCCCGGAACAAACUCGAAACUCAGCUGUUGCGAAGCGCUGAAGGUAGCUUCCUGUGGGUGGGAUUUGUGGUCAAUGAGAUGAUGACAUUGGAAACUCACACCGAGAUCCUUGAUACAAUGAAGAGAAUCCCGAGGGGACUGCCUGAGAUGUAUGGGCGAAUGCUUGCCCAGAUCAAACAAAAGCACCAGAAGUUCCUACCGCUAGCGGUAGUCCUCCUCCAUUGGGUCGCUGUUUCCACAAAGUCACUGAGUCCCAAGGAACUGUUCGCUGUGUUGGCUCAUGAUAAGAUAGUCAUGGGACUGGAAACCAUUCAAGAUCUGGUCAAGAUCUGUGGUGGGUUUCUUCGAAUAUACAAAAAUGACAAGUAUGGCCGUUCCGGCAACGUCACGCUCGUCCACCAGUCUGCAAAGGAAUAUCUCGCGACCAACUCCGAUCCCGAAUUGAAAGAGUUCUGGUUCGCUGAAGAUCUAGCACACCUUGGCAUUGCGAAUAGAUGUCUCGAGCGUCUCAAGUCAAUCCCCGAUUUGGGGUAUACGACGCCAAACAUUCUAUCAGAUUCCCCGAAAUGGAGGAUGAGUUUAUUUUUAGGGCCUUUUCCAAGAAGACAUCCAACCAACUUUUCACCAACGAUUCAAAAUUUUCGCCCUGAUCAGGUUGACCUGGUAUGCUAUACCUUUGGGUACUGGUAUAGACAUGCGCGAAAUUGCGGUAAGCAUGCAAGAGCCAUGUUUAAGAAUAACCAGCAAUUCUUUGCUACUGAUAACUCCUCCUUGGGACUAUUCUGGGUCCUGGUUGGGUUCGACUAUAACCCCCCGAAGAACACAGAGGGUUUAGAUCCGAACCAGGUCAACUUGCCAGAAAUACAAAAUCGAACCUUGGAGAUACACAUUGCCUCCGUGGUUGGGAAUAUUCCUUGGGUCGAGAGCCUCAUUGAGGAGAGCUCAAACCCUUCCCAGCUUGUGAACAGUGCGGACCACUUCAAUAUGACCCCCCUGCAAUAUGCUGCACUGUGUGGUUAUGAAAAAGUAGUCGACAUUCUCAGAAACCAUGCCACCGGUAGAGCACAAUAUGGACGAGCCAUUUGGAUUGCUACUACUACACGGUAUUCAAAUAUUGCUCGUAUGCUGAUCAAGCAUGUUGGCAACUUUGAAGACUUUGAUACGCACGUUGAAACCGAUGAAGAUUUAAUAGUGCGGUUAGCAUGGUACGCCCGUAACGGAAAUCUGCAGCUAACCCCAAAUUCUUCUUCCCCUUUUCAAGCCAUUGGGAAACGCUAUUUCGAGGCUGUGCAAACGCUGUUUGGCAAGAAACCAAAGUGCGAGCCCGAGGCUAAAGGGAAAUGA